UUGACGCAGGCGCCGCUGCUGCUGCUGUCGUCAACCUGCAGCAUCAGAAAACAACAGGCUAAAAACAGACUGGCGUAUCCCGGUGAAGAUGGUGGCCAAACAGAGGAUCCGCAUGGCCAACGAGAAGCACAGCAAGAACAUCACUCAAAGAGGAAACGUAGCCAAGACGCUGCGGCCACAAGAAGAGAAGUAUCCUGUGGGUCCCUGGCUGCUCGCCCUCUUUGUGUUUGUUGUGUGUGGAUCAGCCAUAUUUCAGAUCAUCCAGAGCAUCCGUAUGGGGAUGUGAUGAAGGAGAAGACUCUGGACCCCUGCCCUCUACCCCCCAAACCCUCCUCAUGCCCUCAUAGCGCCUCACCUGUGCACCCUCCAGAGGUCCAGAGAUGAAUGCCACUCCUUGGAGAGAGAGGGAGAGAAGCGUCCCCCUGAAGCUGACCCUAAAGACACCACCCUGCCCCUGAUCAGCGUUUACAGUAUUGCAGUCUGUGGUACUGACAGCUUUUCUAUGGACAGUCUGAGACCACGCCGGCUGGAGAUCGUGAUUCAUUUUGUGUGUGUGUGUGUGUGUGUGUGAGAGAGAGAGAGGUGGUGUGUGACUGUGCGACCAGUGAUUCCUGCUAACAAUGUGCCAUACUUGUAUAAUUCACUGUCAGUCUAUGAAGAAUGUUUUUUCAAAUAAAUGUUGAGCAUUUAGAAAA